AUGGCGGGCGAGCUGCCGUCCCCGGCUGAGGAGCCCGCUGAGAACGGAUGUGAGCAAUGCAAAGAUUUGCACCCGGCCCCGGAGAUCGAAGGGGAAAUUCCCAUGGGAUCCGAGCGGAUGGAGAUGCGCAAAAGGCAAGCAUCUGUGACCCAGGAGACACCAAGCUCUGUACAGCCACAGCCAGGGAUUGAAAACCGUGGGUCCAACGCCUGCUGCUUCUGUUGGUGCUGUUGUUGCAGCUGCUCCUGUCUUACUGUUAGGAAUCAAGAUGAAAGAGCAGCAUCACAUGAACUCAGAACAGACACUAUUCCAAACUGUGAAGAAAGCUCAACUCCAACUCUUGAAGAAGUGAGUGCCUGGAGCCAGUCCUUUGACAAAUUGAUGAGAACGCCAGCAGGUAGAAACGCUUUCAGGGAGUUCCUUCGGACAGAAUUCAGCGAAGAAAAUAUGCUUUUCUGGUUGGCCUGCGAAGAUCUAAAGCAGGAAUCCAACAAGGCUAUCAUUCAAGAGAAAGCAAGACUAAUAUAUGAAGAUUAUAUUUCCAUUCUUUCUCCCAAAGAGGUCAGCCUGGAUUCCAGAGUAAGGGAACUUAUCAACCGGAAUAUGCUGGAACCAUCAGAACAUAGUUUUGAUGAAGCACAACUCCAGAUUUAUAUGUUAAUGCUCAGAGACUCUUACCCUCGGUUUAUGAACUCUGCCAUUUAUAGGGACUUAGUUGAGUCUCUCUCUCAAAAAUCUGCUGAAUCGUAG